AUGCCUCUGAAGGUGGCAUGCCCUCACGGGCGGCAUGCCACACCACCAGGAUGCAUGCCACACCCCCAGGGUGCCGACUACGCCCCCGCCUGCUCGCCGCCCCCAGUAAAUUUACUCCCAAACGCGGGAACGUUGAAUUCUGGGAAUCGCUUUGCAACAGGGCAAGUCUGGGCAGAUGCGCAGCUUCCUGGUGGGAGAGGCUCUUGUUGGCGCUUCCUCGGAUGCAGAUUGCAGAAAGCCUUGCAUCAUCUGAACACAGAAGACAAACUGCUCAUGAAACAGAAGGCCAAAAGCCCAGCGCAGAAGCAGUCUGAGUCUUGUGGUGUCUGGCUGGAUACAUCAGCCCUUAAAAAACGCAAAAUACAGAGCUUCAUGGCUAAGCCAGUAUUAAGAACACUGAACCAACUUUCGCAUUGUCCUCUUCCAACAAAAGCACCUCUUCAAUGCACCAAGCAAACCACCAUUUCCACCUUCUUCAGCACACAACAAGCAGAGGAAAAGAAAACCAAUCCAAACAGAAGGCUGGCUGUUGCAUCAAACCGUGCCUUCAAGGUGAACAACCAUGGACUGUUUAGGAGCGGAAAAACCAUGUUGCCAGCUGACAUGCUUCAGGAAGGAGGAGGAUGGACCCAACAAACACCAGGUUUACACAGUUCUCCUUGCAAUUCUACCCCUCCUGAAGCCCAGACUACCACUUGCAUCCUCCCAACUGAAAGAAGAGACUCUGCUGCGGAGAGAGAAGAUCCUCCGUUAUUAAACUUCAUUCAGCAGCUAGAGGAGAAAAGGGAUCCAGAUCACAGAACUCUUUCUGAUUUGGCUUUGAGAGAGAAAAAUAGUGGUUGGGAAAGAGAAAAACAUACCACCUUGUUUCCUCAAAGCAGCCAAAGCCUGACAGUUACAAGCAAGGACACCAAGACUCAGAGAAGACACAGGUGCCCACCCUCUUGUUAUAGCUCCUUCAUGCAGUCCUGUGACUCUGAGAACAUAAAUCCUCAGCUAGAGCAGAGUACAAUGGAAGUGAAGCCUCUGAAGAGUAGCAAUCAAUCUGUUGCUGGGCUCUGUUUGAAAAUCAACAAGGCCGCCUGCAGUUCUGAUAAAGGGAUUGAGGACAGCCAGGUAGGCCUGCCAAUGUUUACGCAGGACUCUGAGGGUCACAAAGUCAUUUCUCACCUCUUUGUUCAAGGGAGAGGCAAAACAUCUUUACAAAAGAAGCUUCUUGGUGAUGAAAGCAACUCUAUAAUGAGCCCAUCCUACCAUGGCUGCUUGGGGGCCUGCUGCUCUGCAGAGAGCUGGACCCACCUAUCCCCAGGUGGGAGCGUGUCUGUUCUAACAGACAGUAGUGAGAAGUCAUGUUAUGACUUGUUAUUCACAGAGGAUUCGGAAGGCAAUAGAGUCAUUAAACACUAACUCAUAAUUGCUCAGUGUGAGAGAAAUGCCCCUAAUGCAGACUUUCAAAACAAACUGAUGCAGACCUUAGGUGUAUAUAUGUAGCGUUCAUACUUAUUCUGCAUGCUGCUUUCUUUAUAACUUGUACAUUGCCUAAUAAAGAAAUGAUGUCA